GGAGUCAGAAAAUAAUAAGUUAUGUUCCUUAUAUUCCUUCCGAAAUACUUCUACCUCACCACAUAAGCCCGAAGAAAGUGGUCGUGAUCGCAAUGAGCUAAUGACCAGUGUUAAUUUUGGAACUCCAGAACGCCGCAAAGGAAGUCUUGCCGAUGUGGUGGACACCUUGAAACAAAAGAAACUGGAGGAGAUGACGAGAACUGAACAGGAGGAUUCAUCUUGCAUGGAAAAACUACUUUCUAAAGACUGGAAGGAAAAAAUGGAGAGAUUAAACACAAGUGAACUCCUUGGAGAAAUAAAAGGUAAACUCUAA